AGAUGCUGAGGAUGAUAGCUUUUAGCCUGACUCUGAUGUUUCUUUGGCAGAAUAGUUAGAGGUCAGUCUGGCCUGUAAAAGCAUCCCAUCCCUAUUCCUUCUCCUCCUCCUCUCAGGAGAAAACUUCUAAACUUUUAAAUGUAAGAGGCAGAUGAGCUGAGAACCUGGAAGCGGAUUGCAUCUGACUCCAAAAGUUCUUCCUUCUUGCUGUCAUUACCUUAUGCUGCCACAAAGUGAACUGAUCAUCAGGGAAGGCAGAGCCCUGCUGGCACUGCUGGGACCCUGCCUUGAAGAGUCCCCUGCCAGUAGGCAGAGCCCUGGAGUCUGUCUCUUUUGGGCCAUCUGACCAAUCCCUCUGCUGGGCCUUGUCUGAGGUCCUUGACCAUCCCCGACCCCGGGAAGCAUCUCUCUCUGGCUUGGGUCACCUUAAGUGGAAAACUGAAGCCAUUACUCUCCAAACCCUGUUUCAUCUUCCCAAGUAUGUCAGAAAACUGGCAGCAGCCACCCCAGACACAGCCGCAGCCUCCGCCACCGCCACCGCAGCCGCAGCACCACGCGGAGCCUCCGCCAGCCCUGGCUGAGCACACGCUGCCCCCAGGCACGGCCGAGAACCCCCUGGGCUGCGCCGUCUAUGGCAUCCUCCUGCAGCCCGACCCGGGCCUGCAGCCCCCGCAGCAUGCGCCCCUGCAGGCAGCAGGCGAGCCGGGCCCCAAGUGCGGCGUGUGCGGUCACGACCUGGCGCACCUGGCCAGCCCGCACGAGCACCAGUGCCUGGCGGGCCAUGACCGCUCGUUCCAGUGCACGCAGUGCCUCAAGAUCUUCCACCAGGCCACCGACCUGCUGGAGCAUCAGUGUGUGCAGGCCGAGCAGAAGCCUUUCGUCUGCGGUGUCUGCAAGAUGGGCUUCUCGCUGCUCACCUCGCUGGCGCAGCACCACAGCGCGCACAGCGGCGCCGGCGGCCUCGUGAAAUGUUCCAUCUGUGAGAAGACCUACAAGCCAGCCGAGGCAGCCGAGCCUGCGGCCGCUGCCACCCCUUCGCUGCCUCCCCCACCCCCGCCGCCCUCGGUCGCCCCUGCUGAGCAGGCUGACAAACCCUACAGCUGCCCCAUCUGCCAGAAGCCCUUCAAGCACCUGUCGGAGCUCUCGCGGCACGAGCGGAUCCACACAGGCGAGAAGCCGUACAAGUGCACGCUGUGCGACAAAAGUUUCAGCCAGUCGUCCCACCUGGUGCACCACAAGCGCACGCACAGCGCCGAGCGGCCCUACAAGUGCGCCGUCUGUGAAAAGACCUUCAAGCACCGCUCUCACCUGGUGCGCCACAUGUACGCACACUCGGGCGAGCACCACCUGUUCCGCUGCAACGUAUGCGAGCUGCACUUCAAGGAGUCGUCGGAGCUGCUGCAGCACCCCUGCACCCCAAGCGGCGAGCGGCCGUUCCACUGCGGCGAGUGCCAGAAGGCCUUCAAGAGGCCGUCGGACCUGCGGCAGCACGAGCGCACGCACAGCGCCGAGCGCCCCUUCAAGUGUGACCUGUGCCCCAUGGGCUUCAAGCAGCAGUACGCGCUGAUGCGGCACCGGCGCACUCACAAGACGGAGGAGCCCUUCAAGUGUGGCCUGUGUGAGAAGGGCUUUGGGCAGCCCAGCCACCUGCUUUACCACCAGCACGUGCACACGCUCGAGACCCUCUUCAAGUGCCCGGUGUGCCAGAAGGGUUUCGACCAGUCAGCCGAGCUGCUGCGGCACAAGUGCCAGCCAGGGACCGCGGAGCGGCCCUUCAAGUGUCCCGUGUGCAACAAGGCUUACAAGCGGGCGUCAGCCCUGCAGAAGCACCAGCUGGCCCACUGCGCGGCGGCCGAGAAACCCCUGCGCUGCACCCUUUGCGAGCGCCGCUUCUUUUCCUCCUCCGAGUUCGUGCAGCACCGCUGCGACCCCGCCCGCGAGAAGCCUCUCAAGUGCCCGGACUGCGAGAAGCGCUUCAAGUACGCGUCGGACCUGCAGCGGCACCGGCGGGUGCACACGGGCGAGAAGCCCUACAAGUGCCCAAACUGCGACAAGGCCUUCAAGCAGCGCGAGCAUCUCAACAAGCACCAGGGUGUGCACGCCCGCGAGCAGCAGUUCAAGUGCGUGUGGUGUGGCGAGCGCUUUCUGGACAUGGCCCUGCUGCAGGAGCACAGCGCGCAGCACAGUGCCACCGCCGCGGCCGCGGAGGGUGCCUACCAGGUGGCCGCCUGCCUGCCCUGAGGCCACCCCCUCCCGGAGCUCACACCAGGCCCGGCCCAGCCUCCUCACAGUACUACUCCCCGGGAACUCCACUCACCUCAGUGUUCUGAAGGCGGUGGCAGGUGGCCAUGGGGGUGCCUGGCACUCCUGGCCCCUACCCGGAACCAUGAGAGGAGCCAGAUUGCUGUAGCUGGUUCUGAUUCCAUAAACUCCCUCCCACCACAGGAUUCGGCUUCUGGAGAGUUGCCAACCUCCCUUGUGUGGGGGGUGGGAGUUGGGGGACAGGGACGGAGCUGGAACCAGGCUGGACGUCAACUGGCCUCUCCCCACCCCAAGGUGGGGGUGAUGCCAGUCCAACCUUCCCAAACCCCCUUGGCCUAAUUAGAAACCACAGAGGAUGAUCAUGGUAGGGCCUGGGAGAAGGGCCUGGACCCCAGAGGGCCCUCCCCCCCAUUCAACUGAUGUGGGGCAGGGGGAGAAAGCCAGCUUUGUGACAGCAGUCCUGGGGAGCGGGAGGCAGGCAGUGAGCUACACCCCUGUCUGCUCUAGCCAGGAGAUUUCUGACAGGUGAGAUGGACAGGAUGGGGGUCUUCGGGCUGGGUUUGCUGCAAGAGCAGUCAGCCCAGCCAGAAGGGGAGCUGGAGGGGCUGUUUUUUGACACAGCCAGGGCAGUGCCAUUCAGUGGAGGGGAGUAGCCUCUUUUCCCCGAGGGCUAAUUCCACUGAUUUGGAAGCACCCCUCUCACUUUUGUGGCAUGUUCAGAGCUGUGGUGGCUAAUGUCCACCACACAGAACCGCCGGGGUAAGCUGGAGGGGGGGGGGGCGCUGUUAGACCACCUGGCUCUGGAGGAAGCAGGGUCAAGCCAUGAACUCCCCAGCAGAUGCAAAUAAGUGUCCUCCCCACUAAAUUCUGUGAACCAAAGCCUCAGGGGCGUGACCCCACUCAGCCAGCCCCAGCCCUGCCUCCCGCCAAGACCAGGCUGGGACCAGGUCAGGGAGGCAAAGGGCUGCAGGAACAGCCUCUCACCCCGGAGUGUCCUCCCAGCCCAUAAGAAUCGUCUCCCCCAGCCCCAGGCUGUCUGGCUGCUGGCCUGAACAACAUCUAGCUAUUUCCAAGGCCAGAGCAUUCUCCCUUAGGUCCUCCUGUCCACGGGUGCGUGGAGCUGAGAGUGUCCAGGGCACGGGGCUGGGCUGGGGCUGUUGGGGCGAGCAGUGGGCGACGUGCACGCAGGUGGAUGGAGUUGCCGCCUGCCUCUGGUUGGCCUGCGUCCUCAGCAGACUGGCCUGCUCCCUCCUCGGGAAGCCCAGAAGGACCCUUAGGAUCACAAUGAUCAUUGUGAACCUGACUCUGCCCCCUGCCCUCUCGCAGCCCCACCUCUCCCUGGCCUUGGGUUUUGGAAGAAGACUUGAAUCAGUGCUCCGAUGGCCCAGAAGGGCAGGGAGACCCGGUCCCCUCCUGUGCCUACUGAGAGGGGCUGCCCCUUCCCCCUCCAAAGACAUGGAACACAGGCUUACAAAAGUCCCAACUGCUAGUUUUUUCCUUUCAUUUUGCUUUCUAAAAGCAGUUUGUUAUACUAUUCAUACUAUUGUAUAGUUUAAUUUCAUUUCAUUUUGGAUCUUAUAUAAAAAUGUGAGAAUUUGGAUUUUUAAAAAGAAUGACUCCAUUUUAGGUAGCCACCUUUGAUGUUAAUAUAUAGUGAGUCCAACAUAUUCUUUAGAAGUAAAGACAUUGACCAUCA